CAUGAUCAUAGAAAGCAAAAAAACCAACAUUACUAGUAUUUAAUUAUACUUCGCAUGCUCCCCUUAUAGUUUUUGGAAAUUGAUAUAUACCAAAGCCCUGAGAUUUUUCCCAUCUUUCUCGUGAUAGUUCUUCUGGCUCACAAGCCAAUAAAGGCAUCCACAACCUUCAACUUCAACACCACUUGAACAAAUUCACUGUCUAGCGAAUAGUGAUCCACCUUCAUUUCCCGUUUCCAAUAAUCUAAACCUCACUCUAAUCAGUUCUCAGGAUUCCCAUUUGCAUCACACUCACAAGUUAGUUUAAUUCUGUUUGGAACUUCGAAGUACAAGCUUUUGAGACCAACACAAUGGUGUCUGCCUGUGUGACCUUGAAAGCCAAUACCCAUUUAGUAAAAUCGAGAAAAGACAAUACUUUUCGUCAAGAUGGUGGUUUUUUGGGUGAGAGAAUCAAAGGGGGUCUGAAUUACAGUCCCUGGAUCAUUAACCAAUUGGCCUCAACUUCAAGUUUGAGAACCCAGGAGAAGGUGAAUAAGGCCAAACCUGGUGUUGUUUCUGCUGUUCUUACAUCAAGUAACAUCAAAGAAUCAGUGGCCUUUCAAAUGCCAUCGUUUCUCAGAAGAAAGGCUGAUCCAAAAAAUGUUGUUUCCGUCAUAUUGGGAGGGGGCCCUGGAAUUCAACUCUUUCCUCUUACCAAACGAGCUGCCACACCUGCUGUUCCUGUUGGUGGAUGCUACAGGCUUAUAGACAUCCCAAUGAGCAACUGCAUCAACAGUGGCCUUAACAAAAUAUUUGUACUGACACAAUUCAACUCUGCAUCCCUCAACCGUCACAUCUCCCGCACCUAUUUUGGAAACGGAAUCAACUUUGGGGAUGGAUGUGUGGAGGUUCUGGCGGCUACUCAAACACAAGGAGAAGCUGGAAACAACUGGUUCCAAGGAACAGCAGAUGCUGUGAGGCAAUUUACAUGGGUAUUUGAGGAUGCCAAGCACGCAAACAUUGAGAAUGUAUUGAUCUUGGCCGGAGAUCAUCUAUACCGAAUGAAUUACAUGGACCUUGUGCAGAGUCACGUUGACAGAAAUGCAGAUAUUACAGUAUCAUGUGCUGCUGUAGGUGAAAGCCGUGCAUCAGAUUAUGGAUUGGUCAAGGCAGAUGCCAGAGGUCGCAUCAUCCAAUUUUCAGAAAAACCCAACGGAGCUGAUCUGAAAGCAAUGCAAGUAGAUACCUCUGUGCUCGGGUUGCCACUCCAUGAAGCAAAAAGGUCACCAUAUAUUGCAUCUAUGGGGGUUUAUGUAUUCAAGACAGAUGUUUUACUCAGGCUUCUGAAAUGGAGAUAUCCUACAUCCAAUGACUUUGGAUCUGAAAUCAUUCCUGCAGCUGUGAGGGAAAACAAUGUCCAAGCGUAUUUUUUCAUUGACUAUUGGGAAGACAUUGGAACAAUAAAAUCAUUUUACGAUGCUAACUUGGCUCUUACUGAAGAGAAUCCAAUGUUCAAAUUUUAUGACCCCAAGACACCCAUUUACACAUCUCCAAGAUUCCUACCACCAACAAAGAUUGACAAAUGCCGGAUUGUGGAUGCAAUAAUCUCCCAUGGAUGUUUCCUGAGAGAAUGCACUGUCCAACAUUCCAUUGUGGGCGAACGUUCACGUUUGGAUUAUGGUGUUGAACUCCAGGACACUGUAAUGAUGGGAGCUGACUAUUACCAAACUGAAUCCGAAAUUGCUUCUCUGCUGGCAGAGGGGAAGGUUCCCAUUGGGAUUGGAAGGAACACAAAAAUUAGGAACUGCAUAAUUGACAAGAAUGCAAAGAUCGGGAAAGAUGUCAUCAUCAUGAACAAAGAUGGCGUUCAAGAAGCAGAUAGACCAGAAGAUGGAUUUUACAUUCGAUCAGGAAUCACAGUCAUAUUAGAGAAGGCAACAAUAGAAGAUGGCACUGUCAUAUAAAUAAAUGGGUGGAAGUACUUAUUUCAUGGACUGGUGUAGUGGCUAGCAGUACUAGCUCGAAGAAGCAUUCCAAGGAACUUUGGGGACAGAAGGAUCCAAUUGAAAAAUCAGCACUCCCCUUUUGCUAUAUAUGCAACACAUAAGGCUCUCCCACUGCAUGUAAAAAUAAAAUGAAUAAACAGUGUAUGAAAUCAAGAUGCAUAAACGUAAAUAAAAUGAAAAUGUGAAUGUGAUUGUGAACUGCCAA